UCUCCCUCCCUUCCUCUCUGUCUAAAAUCAAUAAAAAAACAUAUCCUCCGAUGAGGAUAAAAAAUAAAUGUUGAUUUGUCUAUAUCAAAUUUUCAUAGGUAUUCGUUAAAGAGCAGAGUUUUGAUUUGAGGUUUAAAACUUGGUCUUUGACCCAUCUGAACUCUUGCAUUGGUUUAGUUUGCAAGUGCAAACAUGGUCUUUAAAGAUAGUAUGUAGUUAGGGUAAAUGCCCGGUUCUGUCCUCCAUUUGCAAAUGUUUUCUCACUAUCAUGGAUUUGUAGCACUGAUGCCUUAAAUUAACACCCAUAUGGAGAAUACAUUAUGAGUGGAUAUAUAUGCGUAUGUUAUAGCACCUCUUCUUUGAGGAGCUGGAAACAUCACCCUGAAUUUUAAAACUGUACAUUUUUACAGAAGGGGCUUAAUGUCAGAGAAAGCAGAAGCAGCCUUUGGAUUUUGGAUUCUGUGUUUUACUUCUGACCUUGGUUGAUUCACUGUGGGCCUCAGUAGUCCAAUUGGAAAAUGGGAAAAUAACAAAUAAGCCUUUCACUGUGUGCAGGCAAAGGAACUUCCUUUGGUUUGCUCUGGGAGUCAUUAUUUUAUGAGACAUUAAGAAUAUAAAAAUAAUAAAUCGGAAGGAAAGAAAACUCAGUAAGGGGAACAAAUUGCUGGUGGAGAUUGACUUUAGUAAAUAGUAACAUUUAACCAUAUUAACCAGAACAUCAGUUUUUUUCUUUUAGUUAACUCUGUAGGCUUACUUUGAAAAGUGCUGCUAUGUGAAAAAUAGAACAUGUAAGAAAGGUAUUAAAUAUUAUUUGAGCAUUAUUGCAACUUGGCUGUUAAAACUCAUGGCAAAAAUGGUGGUUAUACUUGAUUUGAAAUUCUUUGAUCCAUGCCUCUAAUCGCAAGACCAACAAAUUUAUAUACUUCUUAGGGGAUUUCUAGUGGGCAGCCUGAACCUAGUCUUCUCUUCAUCUACUAGGAUGUUAGAAGUAUGUGUGUGUGAGGAGUGGGCAAGGAAUUUAGAGGAUGUUUUUUGAGAUACUAUAUCUUUUAUGCAGAUCUGGAAGCUUGGAGUUAGCAAGAUAGAGUUUUAUUUUUAUCCACAUUUUAUUUUCUGUGUUUCAAAUAUGAGAUUUUUGAGAAAUUGGAAAAAAGUAUUAAGGCUUUGACAGUGCAGGGUAUUUUGGUCGACUGCUUCUGAGUGUUUUUAAGAACUUGCAUACAGCAUCUGUGAUCCACUAUGUGAGAAUUUAUAGCACAGCACUUUAUUUUUUCUGUCAUGACUUUUGUGAGAAAAUGUUUUCACUGUGCUUAGUGAUUUACAGAUGACUACCCACGUUUUGUUUUGUUUUGUUUUGUUUAUAACUGUUAAUGCUUUGCAAAGUCAUACAUUUGGGACUUUGAGGAUGUUGGUUUCCACAUAUGCUGAAAUCACUUUGAGUCCAUCAUUUCAAGAAGAUACAGCCUAUCUUUUCUUUUUUUCUUAACUGCUUCAGAGUCUUCAUGGGUAGCUAAGCAGAGCAUUUAUUUCUCUGAAGUUGAACUGUGUUUGUUCCUGAGCUUCCUGAAAGCAGAAAUGCCAUGAGCUCUUUCUGAUGAAACCUGUUGGAUUUCUGGAGGAAGCAGCUGGAAUCUUUGGCUUGUUAACUAACAAUGAUUCAAGUCUUGCAGAUUGUAAAGGAGCUGGUGACACCAUCGAGGCAAAAGGCAGCCACAGUGAAGGAAGAUUCAGACCAGGAUGUAGCACUCAAACUAGCCCAGGAGCGAGCUGAAAUAGUUGCUAAAUAUGACAGAGGACGAGAAGGUGCAGAGAUUGAACCUUGGGAAGAUGCUGAUUACCUUGUUUACAAAGUCACGGAUAGAUUUGGCUUUUUACAUGAGGAGGAGCUCCCAUAUCAUAAUGCAGCCGUGGAACGGCAAAAGAACCUGGAAAUUGAAAGAACUGCUAAAUGGUUGAAAAUGCUAAAAGGAUGGGAAAAAUACAAGAACACUGAAAAGUUUCAUAGGAGAAUUUACAAAGGGAUACCGCUCCAGCUCCGAGGUGAAGUCUGGGCUCUGCUUCUUGAGAUCCCUAAAAUGAAAGAAGAAACAAAGGGCCUUUAUACUAAAUUAAAGCACAGAGCACGUGGUUGUUCACCUGAUAUCAGACAAAUAGACCUUGAUGUGAACCGUACAUUCAGGGACCAUAUUAUGUUUAGAGACAGAUAUGGUGUUAAGCAGCAGUCCCUCUUCCACGUUCUCGCUGCAUAUUCUAUUUACAAUACGGAAGUUGGAUACUGUCAGGGGAUGAGCCAGAUCACAGCUUUACUCCUUAUGUAUAUGAAUGAAGAAGAUGCCUUCUGGGCCCUGGUCAAACUCUUCUCAGGCCCCAAACAUGCCAUGCAUGGCUUUUUUGUCCAUGGUUUUCCUAAACUCUUGAGGUUUCAAGAACAUCAUGAAAAAAUACUGAAUAAAUUUCUGUCCAAGCUUAAGCAACACUUGGAUUCUCAAGAAAUCUACACAAGUUUUUACACAAUGAAAUGGUUUUUUCAAUGCUUCCUUGAUCGUACUCCCUUUACGCUAAACCUCAGAAUAUGGGAUAUCUAUAUCUUUGAAGGAGAACGAGUUCUGACUGCUAUGUCUUAUACAAUCUUAAAAUUACACAAAAAACAUUUAAUGAAAUUGUCUAUGGAAGAACUUGUAGAAUUUCUUCAGGAGACCUUGGCAAAGGACUUUUUCUUUGAAGAUGACUUUGUAAUAGAGCAACUUCAGAUUUCUAUGACAGAACUAAAGCGUGCAAAAUUAGACCUUCCAGAACCUGGUAAAGAGGAUGAAUUUCCGAAGAAACCUUUGGGACAGCUUCCACCUGAACCUCAGUCUGCUGGCAUUAGUCACCUGAGCAAUGGACAAAGUGUUGGCAGGUCAAGUCCCCAUAAGAACAGAAGAGAGAGUGGCUCAUCGCCUCAUAGAAAAACAGAGCAUUCCCCUCACCAUCAAAAUAGACCUGGUACACCAGAAGGAGUGAGGCAGCCACGACAGAAAUCAGAGGAGGAGGACAGUAAAAAGCUUAAAGAUGAGGCAGAUUUUCAAAGAAAAAUUUCAUCAGGUCCCCAAGACAAUGCCAGGCAAUACGACCAUGCAGCUGCUAACCAAAAUAGCAAUGCUAUUUCAAAUAUCAAGAAGGAAUUUAUGCCCAAAUGGAAUAAACCAUCAGAUGUUUCAGCUAUUGAAAGAACUGCCAAAUAUGCCAUUGAAGGCAGAAGUCGGUUUGCGCACCCCACGCUUACUGUCACCAUCCCAAGUUCUGCUGAUCCUCGGAUGUCAAAUGCAAGGCAGAAGAUGAAGGUCUGGGAUGCCGAUGACGGGAAACGGGGCUCGAACGCAUCGCAGUAUGAUAAUGUACCUGAAAAUGAAAAUGGCAUGUCUGUUGAAGAGGCACUAGAAAGGGCUUAUUCUCAGAGUCCAAGGAAUAUUGUUUACUCCCACGGUCCACGAAAGCAUGCUGAGCCAAGUUCCAGUCCUUCAAAAGUAUCAAACAAGUUUACCUUUAAAGUACAGCCUCCAAGUUAUGUAAAAUAUCCAGCUCAGUUAGAUGGGGAAGAUUGCGGGACGGUGCACCCCCCAUCUUACAGCAAUCCCCCUAUUUACCAUGGAAAUUCUCCAAAGCACAUCUCUAACAGCAGCUUUGUGUCUCCACAGUUUAGCCAUGGGGCUCCAAUGAAUCCUUCCAGGAGACCUUAUGGUUCCACUCUUUCCAUCGAUGUUUCUCCAGAGAAACCUCACAGCCGCCCAACUCCUCUUGUCCUACCAUCUAGUCGAAUAGAAGUUCUUCCCAUUGAUAUUGGUGCUGGGGGAUAUUUGGGCAAUUCAGGGUCACCAAAGAAUGGAAAAUUCAUCAUUCCUCCAGUGGAUUAUUUGCCAGAUAACAGAAAAUUGUCAGAAGUCAGUUACACAUAUAGACCUGAGAUGCCUGAACAGUCGUGGACUCGAGAUGCUAACCGUAGCCACUUAAGCAAUUUAACAAAAUAUUCCGCCUUUCAACAUGUACCCUAUCAGGACCAUAGCCUCCCCCCAGUUUCCGUGGAUAGUCCAGUGCGGUAUAGAACUUCCCCAGCUGUAGAAGGUGCCAGUUCCUCUGGGUAUCAGUAUUCAGGGCCCUCGGGUCCAGUGUAUCACUACAGAAACCGGGAUGGACUUUCUGUUCAAGAAUCGGUAUUGCUGUGAGAAUUCACCUCUACCUGCUGAAGACAAGAGGAUAGAAGCUGCCUGGAACCUACAUUGCUAUGUUUAUAAUUGCCAAAGCAGUAUUUUACACCAUUGUAACAACUCGCACAAUUCUCAUGUAUGUUAGUAAUAAGAAUAGGUGGGAGUGUUUUCAUCCCCACUUAGAUGCUGCUUAAGAUGAGCAUUUUAAAUUGCAUCAUCACUGAACCUAUUAACUUACCAUGGAAACGUAGCAAUAGCAUUUAGGGAUGCACACAAAAUAAGUAUUCAUUAUUCAGUUCCAUUUAUAGUUUUCUCAAAACCUGAACAUUUUUACCCUAUUAGCCUAUUUUAUUUUGAGUAAUGUUACAAAGCACUGAAAAUUUGUCCGUGUAGAGUAGAUAUUUUUAAGGCUCUAUGUAGUGUAUGUGUCUUUUAAUAGAUAUAGGCAUAUCUACGUACACACUUGAACACAGAACUAAUGAAACAUUAAAAAAACUGCUUUUAAUCUAGAUCCAUGGAAUAAUUUAUUCUCCUUUUCUUUAACUGGUCUUUUAGACAAGUUUUUCUUCCCUCAUAUUUUUAACCCAGAUCAUAAACUGACUUAAGGAUAUGCCUUGAGUUGGUUAACUCAGAUCUCAUGGAAUACUCAUUUUUCUCAUUCACUUGCUGCCAUU